GUGCGGCGCGGCGACGGAGCAUAUGUGUGUAUGAUUUUAUGAUAAGUAGACUGCGGUUUUUGCACGCGCGGUAUAAAAAGCUGUCCGCUGAGUAGAUCUAUCUCACACGAGUUGAUUUCACUUUCUCAUCAGGAGAUACCCUUGCUUUGUCCGGAGCACACAAGCCAACUAGAAUCUCCAACAUGGGUGACAAACCAGAUGUAAAAGAAGUCGAGUCAUUCGACAAGUCAAAAUUGAAGAAGACGGAGACCCAUGAAAAGAACCCACUACCGACCAAAGAAACAAUUGAACAAGAAAAGCAGGACUUCUCCAAAAUGGGCGACAAACCAGAUGUCUCUGGAGUCGAGACUUUCGACAAGUCAAAACUCAAGAAAACGGAAACGGAAGAGAGAAACACACUGCCGUCCAAGGACACAAUCGCACAGGAGAAAAAGUCCUAACAUGGCAGUCUCCAUGGACAUGUACUUAGCGCUUGUAGUUUUCUGAAUAAUUCUUCAAGUAGUU